GUUUAUGCAAAACAAAUACCGUAUUGGUAUAUAAUAGUACUUGUAGCGAAGUAUUGAAAUGGGGUGGGCCCGCGUUACUUUAUGGACCAAAAAGAAGUAGUAGAAAUAAUAUUAGGGAAAUGGGUUCACCACGUUCACCGCAACACUAUGUUGCUGAAAGAUUCAAAUUAUAUCUAGACGAUAAUGCACCAGACAACCUAUAUUUAUCACCAAAUCUGGAUUAUAAAAAAGCUAUUAGUGAUUAUUUAUAUCAAAUGAGACGAGUGAUCGAUCUCACAAUGAGAACUCUACUACCGGGCAAUAAAUUAAAAAAAGAAACAGUAGAAACUGGAAACCUAUGUGGAAGUACAUAUGUAGAUCAAGAAUUCUUACAUUUUAUGGGCCGCACAGUUGGUUUUACCGCUUUACAAAAGCUACAAUCAUAUGCUUACGAUCCCGACGAAUUUGAAACCAUUGAAUUAGAUCUCGAGAAAGAUUGCCCUUCAUUGAUUAAAUAUAUCACAGGGGCAGAAAGAAUUAACUUAGAAUAUAAUGAAUGGAUUAUCGAAUUAGAGUUCGAGACAGUGAAAAAAU